AUGUUACUUUUUCUACUACUCUUGCUCUUCGCCAGCUUGCUCGUUGGAGCCAAUGAGUUGGGAGGUAGGGAGGGGGGGGGUGAAGAUUUAAGAUUUAUGGUUUUUAGAAUUCUGGUACGGGUUUCUCACUUCGCAAAACAUUCCAGGAUUCGUGUGCCGUCUGCCGAAGAACGUUGGCUUCACGUGCGGCGUGACGACUGCCCACUCGGCCUACCACUUCGACUCGGAGAUCCGCGAAUGCAUCGAAUUCAUGUUCGAAGGGUGUGGCGGCAAUCAGAAUCGGUUCUCGAGCCGCGACGAAUGCAUGAACGGGUGCAAGAGUUUGAGUGAGUUAGUUGGAAACGACGAUGCAGAUGUGUGUGUGUGUGUGUUUGUGUUUCAGCGCAAUGCGGAAAGGGAAUGCCUUUGAUGGAUUUCGCGGGGAACAUAAAACGGUGCGACGGGGAGCGAGUGCCGUGUCCGGGCAGUCACGAGUGCAUUGGGAACGGAAUGAGCAGCGUGUGCUGCCAGAAAGCUGGUAAGUUAGUCGUGAAUACUCUAAUACAAGGGCACCCCCCAUUACUGUUCAUUCAGGAUAAUGAAUCACACUUGCCGGUAGAGGUAUGAAAAAGUUGUCAACUGAUGAAUUGCUCAAAAAGACAUCGUGCACAUUUCGGCUGUCGACAACUUUUUUGUAUCUCUGUUGGUAGCCGAGCUAUAUUGUUUAGAAUGGACAAUAUAGGGGUAGAGUUGCAGAUAGAAUAUGCCAAGCUUCUGUGCAUCCUGGAACUCCGUGCGGGGUCCCACCCACUACAAGGUCAGUUCGUUUCAACUUGACGGUCCGGUGCGUCCAGCAGCUGCUUUCAUAUUCAGAUAUUACUUCGAUUCUUCCUCAAAAACAUGCCGUCCGUUCGCAUUCACCGGUUGUGGAGGCAAUGAGAACAACUUUAAAGCGAAAGGAGAGUGCAUGAUGUUCUGUAGCACUGAAAGUGGGUCACGUCUCCUCUAAGAGUUCUGUGAAAACGCUGAAUUGUAUAGUAAUCUGUGCACGUGGCGAGCCGCACGCGGAUCGCUACUCCAUCAACAAUAUCGCUUCGUGUCUGGAGGACAAGCACUGUCCGCGCAAUUACACUUGCACCGGAAAAGUCGGACGGAAAGGGGCGUGUUGUCCCAGCAAAGGUUAGCUUUCGGAACUUUGGCAACUCUUCGUCAACACUGCACACGGAUUCAGAAUUCGUGUGCGGCACUCCGUUCGAGAUCAAAAACAAUUGUCGGAAGCCGGAGCCAACGGGCACCUGGUGGUUCGACUAUCGCAAAGGCGAGUGCAAAAAGGCCGAGCAUUCGAACUGCGAGGAACACUUUAAUUCGUUCGCCAACCAGGAACAGUGCGCCGAUUAUUGUGUCGGUUAGUUGCAGGUUUUUGCUCCUUCUCCAGAAACGUCUCAUAGUGUACUUUAGCCGUUUUCUAAAUUUCUGGGUGAAAACUUUUACAUCUUCAUUGUUGGCAUAUCCAAAUCAAGGUCUCUUGUCUGCAGGUACGUGUCCGAACGAUUUGGAAACGCACAUGAAUCCGCGAACGGGCCAGCCGCAUCUGUGUGAUUCGGCGAAGAACGAGGGCUGUCCGAUGGGAUUCGAGUGUCUUCGGAGCAGUCCGUACGCCUCGAUCUGCUGUAAAACGCAUCCGGUGUGCCCGUCGGCCGAAUCCAUUCUGUUGUUGGACGAGGAAAACGAGGCGGUACGGUGCGAGAUGAGCCGGGACAAUUGUCCGGAACAGUACGCGUGUCAGCCUGCCAAGAAUCUGGUGAGUUUUAGGGAAACCCAGAGAAAAGGAACAUCUGAACUCUUCUUCCAGGAGAAUAUCUGCUGCACGAAGCCCCUUUCUUGUCCCACGGGAAUGGAUGCUCUUCGCGAGAACGGCGGCCGUCCGCGCGUGUGCAGUGUCGGCGUGGACGGUUCCUGCCCGCAGGAUCACAUGUGUGUCCAAGGCGAAGGAUCGUCGGGCUCGGCUCGACAUCUGUGCUGUCGACCGCGCAAGAAGUGCGUCAUUCCGUACGUGGACGCCGAGAAGAAACGGCCGGUCCGAUGCUUUCCGGGAGAUCAGACGUGCCCGACCUCGACGGACUGUCUGCCGGCGCUGGAGGACGCAGCGAAUGUGACGAAUGCGAUCGACGUCAUGUUCUUCUGCUGCCACACCGUCUCGAUCUUCUCGUGCCCCGACGGCUCCACUCCGUUCCUCGAUCCGAACACGGCUAGCCCCGCUUCCUGCCUUCCCGCUAACCCGUUCUCGUGUCCGUUGGAGCACACUUGUACAAUGCUCAUGGACGGAAGCACCGCGUGUUGUCCUGUUCAGACUCAAGCCUGUGUGGAAGCGCUCGUGUCGGAUGACGGCUCGCCGCGCAAGUGCAACGGCUGGGACGAUAACACGUGUCCGCAAGGAAAGUGUCAGAAGGCCGUCGACGGACAAUACUACUGCUGCCGGCCGCCCAUGUUGAUUCUGCAGCACAGUGCCGCGCACACGGUGCCCGAAGUGAGAGGAGUGUCCGAUAGAGUCGGAGAGUACAUCGCAAGAAGUCUCGGAAUACUGUACACGGACUACGUGCGGCCAAAGAGAAGGCCCGAGUAUCUAAGACUAUUGCCGCUUCGCAACUAG